UCGAGAGCGAGCGAACGAGCUGACGAGUGUUGCGACACCGCGGAAUACCCUCGCUCCAUUGGCAGUUCUCACAGGCUCGAACCAAGUGUACUGGCUCGGGAGUGACCACGAGGCUGCCACCAUUAAGGGCCGAAAACCAUCGUUACUCUCACCAAGUCAGCAGCAACAGUCUUGUCACAGGAGUGGCCAUUCGACCUCGUGAGAAAGACUGCUCUUGUAUCCGCAUGCAUUGAGGCGCAGCACGGGAGACAAUUGGCAGUCUGGGGAGAAAAUUGGGUGAGGACUAUUUUGAGGAGUUUAAAUUGUCAAGGUCAGUUCAGAGUCGGAUGGCUUGAGGAUUUUCUGUGUGGUGGAGAAUUAAAGUUAUCCAAAGCCACAAACUGGGCCGUGCGUGGGCGAAAUCGGUCCGGUCUAGACGUUUCUUUCGUGCUGUUGGAGGAUUUGGGCCAGGUUGAGCAAAAGUGAACGAGCUGAAUUGUGCUCUGACUGUGAGCCUUGGUCUAUCAGAUUGCUCUGAAAGCUCUUCAAAGCCAUGGCUGUUUCCGGUGCUGCUUGCUUGGCAAACUCUGCUCUCAGCUCUCCGCAGAUACCUGUUAAGAUUUCUUCGGGAAGCCUUGGAGUAUACGGACGAUCUUCUGAUUUUCUUCAAUUUGCCGAAAAUUCACUGUCUUCAAGCACAAGUCUUGGACAGCCCCGCAGGAAGCUUAGAGUUGUCCGACAAGGCUACGGACAACAGCACGUAGUACUUGCAGCAGGCAGCGAUUCUGAUAAGAAACCCUGGGAUUUGGGAAGAUUUAUCCGCACUUACACGUUCUACAACGAACCAUUUAAUCUAUCUAAGGUGUUUGAGUUUGUCUCUGCGAGGUUGUCGGGAUCGUCAGAAGAGAAACCAUCAUCAGGCAUGGAGAAGGAAGUAGUACUCGUUACCGGGGCAACUGGAGGCACUGGUAAGAGGGUGCUCACCCUUCUGCAAUCGAAAGGAAUUCCUGUACGCGCUCUGGUGAGAAACGUGGAGAAAGCAAGGUCUCUACUCGGUCCAGAUGUUGAGCUGGUUGUAGCGGAUGUGACUCAAAAGUCCACAUUACUUCCAGAGUAUUUCAAGGGUGUUCGUCAAGUCAUCAACUGCGUGUCAGUAAUUGUUGGCCCCAAGGAAGGCGACAAUUCUGAGAGGCAAAAAUAUAUGCAGGGAAUCAAGUUCUUCGAUCCAGAAAUCAAAGGCGAUUCACCUGAGACUGUUGAGUUCAAAGGACUUCAGAAUCUUAUUGAAGCUGUGAAGGAGAAUGUUGGAGUUCGAGACGGAGUCUCUCUCUAUACUGUCACUGAGAAGGGUCCCGCUGGCCCAGCGUGGGGAUCCUUGGAUGAUGUUGUCAUGGGUGGUGUUAGUGAAAGCUCUAUGCAGCUUAGCUUAAAUGGUGGUGAAAAUGGUGGUCCUGUUGGACUUUUCAAAGGUGUCGUUUCUACAUCAAAUAAUGGAGGAUUUGCCAGCAUCAGAACUAGAAAUUUCUCUGAAGUACAAGAUUUAUCUGCCUAUGAAGGCAUAGAGAUGCGGAUUAAAGGCAACGGCCGUCGGUUCAAGCUAAUUAUUCGACUCUCAGCUGACUGGGAUGCUAUUGGUUACACACUGUCUUUCGACACUGCUUACAAUGAAUGGCAAACAAUCCGCCUACCUUUCAAAGACUUCAUUCCAGUUUUUCGAGCUAAGUCUGUUAAGGAUGCCCCUCCAUUUGACCGGUCACAAAUCACUUCGCUGCAGCUUCUAUACAGCAAGUUUGAGUAUGAUGGAGCGCUGAAUCCUUCAUUUGAGACAGGACCAUUCGAGCUACCAAUUGCUAGUAUCAAGUCAUACAUGAAAGAACCCAUCAAACCAAGGUUUGUGCAUGUGGGCUCGGCAGGUGUGACCAGACCAGACAGACCUGGCUUAGACCUGAGCAAACAACCUCCAGCCGUGCGCUUGAACAAGGAAUUGGACUAUAUUCUCACGUACAAACUGAAGGGUGAGGAUGCGAUAAGAGAUUCCGGUAUCCCUUAUGCAAUCAUACGUCCAUGCGCUCUCACAGAAGAACCCGCUGGUGCUGAGUUGAUCUUCGAACAGGGCGACAAUAUCACGGGUAAAGUUGGAAGAGAAGAAAUAGCUCGAAUCUGCAUUGCAGCACUGGACUCCCCAGCCGCCACAGAUACUACUUUUGAGGUCAAGAGCACAGUUCCUUUCAGCCAGCCGUUCGAAAUUGAUCCCAGCAACCCCCCGCCAGAGCGAGAUUACGCGGAGUUUUUCGCGACACUUAAACCGGGGAUCACUGGAAAGGAAGCUCUGGAACAGCAGGAACCAAUACCUGUUUAACGGCAUACAGAGCAACCUCAUGGUACUCAGAAGUAACGACUGCUGUAUGUUGUGAAAUAUGGGUACUUUGCCCGACGUGAGCCAUACUCACUUUCACAAGUUCAAAUUUCUCCUUCAUAAGUUGUGUAUACUUCUCUGCGUGCUGUAUCCAUUCAAGAUCUUCGAGGGAAGCUGUAAUAUUUAGUAGGUGAUGUGAGUGAACUGCUGUACAGAUCCAUAUCCAGUGAAGAGGCAUCUGUAUACUUGGAGGAUAAAUUUUUAUAGUAACGGUAGUGUGAAGUACUCUUCCUGCUGGGUGUACAUUUUGAACUUAUAAUUAAGAAAAUUACUGUAACCUUGGAGGCAAGUUUUUCGUGACGGUCCUGUACAAGGAUGAGUAAAAGCCUUCUGAGACUUCUCUCGAAA